CCGGAAGCGCGGGGCCACCCGGCGGCUGCUGCGGCUGCCGGCGCCAGACGCCGCGCCGGCCGCGGGAGAGUGCGGGCCGCGACAUGCGGCCCCAGGACAGCGCCGGGGACCCCGCGGUGCUGGCGGAGCCCGCCGAGGUGGCGGAGCCCGGGCUGCAGCCGGCUGCCGAGGCGCCCCCGGGCGCGGGCGAGGAGCCGGCGGCCGCCGAGGCAGAGGGGACUCCCGGCCGCGGCAGGUGCUGGCUGUGCAGUUCCUCGCCGUGCUGCUCGCACGCGGAGCCGGAAGCCAAGAAGAAAGCAGCCUGUCCUGGACUUGGCUUGUUUUACACAUUAUUGUCUGCCUUCCUUUUCUCAGUGGGCUCUUUAUUUGUUAAAAAAGUGCAAGACGUCCAUGCUGUAGAACUUAGUGCAUUUCGAUGUGUGUUCCAAAUGCUAGUUGUUAUUCCUUGCUUAAUAUACAGAAAAACUGGGUUUAUAGGCCCAAAAGGUCAACGAAUUUUCCUCAUUCUCAGAGGACUCCUUGGUUCUACCGCCAUGAUCCUAAUAUACUAUGCUUUCCAGACAACGUCCCUCGCCGAUGCCACAGUUAUCACGUUUAGCAGCCCAAUGUUCACGGCGUUGUUUGCCUGGAUAUUUCUCAAGGAAAAAUAUAGCCCUUGGGAUGCUCUUUUCACCUUGUUCACGAUCACUGGAGUGAUCCUUAUCGUGAGACCACCAUUUUUGUUUGGUUCCGACACUUCAGGGAUGGAAGAAAGCUAUUCGGUCCAUCUUUUGGGAACGCUAGCAGCAAUUGGACAUGCCGUGUUUGCUGCAAUGACUCUAGUUAUCCUAAGGAAAAUGGGAAAAUCUGUGGACUACUUUUUGAGCAUUUGGUAUUAUGUAAUAAUUGGCCUCAUGGAAAGCACCAUCGUCCUCUUCGUAAUAGGAGGCUGGAGUCUGCCCGACUGUGGGCUUGACAGGCUCUUUCUCAUACUCAUCGGGCUCUUUGGUUUGGGGGGUCAGGUAUUUCUCACAAAGGCAAUUCAGAUAGAAAAGGCAGGGCCUGUGGCAAUAAUGAGGACGAUGGAUGUGGUCUUCGCUUUUAUCUUUCAGAUCAUUUUCUUUAACGAUGUGCCCUCGUGGUGGACAGUGGGUGGUGCUUUCUGCGUAGUAGCCAGUAGUGUUGGAGCGGCUGCUCGCAAAUGGAUGCAGAAUUCCAAAUGAAGCGUCGCUGCUGAGCCCUGUGUGUUUCUCAGAUACCCCGUCACCUAGUAGGACACAGCACACACACACGCACAUGCACACCUGCACCUGGAAAAUCUGCAUUUAUUCAUUGAUUUCAUCUAAUAAAUUUCAGAAAUAAAGUA